AUAUUAUUAGAAACAAAACAAAAGCAAAAAAAAAAAUUUGCAUAUUACAAACGAAACAGUAGAGCAGCUUUUGUAUGGUUAACUAUGAUAAACAAGAACUAGAUUAGACACAGAAAAAGAGAGAGUGAGAAUAGGAGAGUGUUUAUAAAGUGAGUGUGGGCAGGCCCCACCAAAUUACAAAUACCCAGAACUACAAAGAAGGAGAAGGAAAGGCCCCCAUCAAAAGAGCGAAGAGAGAGGCCCCAAUUAACUGCGUCUUAGUUGCAAAACGGAAGUGCAAAAACCAAAUUAAUUAUCCUCCCGUUAGCGUCAGGAGCUAAUACAAGGACAAACCGAUCAAACCAAGUGCCAACCACUUUUAUAUUUGAUCCUCAGAAUGGUUGAACCAAUCUUUGAGUACCAAUUCCGUUUGAUACUCAUUGGCGACAGCACAGUGGGCAAAAGUUCCCUGCUGAAAUUCUUUACAGAUGGCAAAUUUGCCGAGCUAUCUGAUCCCACAGUGGGUGUGGAUUUUUUUGCCCGCCUAAUCGAGAUGAAAGAUGGCACACAAAUCAAAUUGCAAUUAUGGGACACAGCUGGGCAAGAGCGUUUUCGUUCGAUAACCAAAUCGUACUAUCGCAAUUCGGUCGGCGUUCUUCUAGUCUAUGAUAUUUCCAAUCAUGCCAGCUUUGAGCACAUCCCAUUGUGGAUGAUGGAGGCACAACGACAUAUUGAACCGCAUCGUCCAGUGUUUGCCUUAGUUGGCUGUAAACUUGAUUUAAUUAAUGCUGGCGGUGGACACCGGGAGGUAAGCACCGAGGAGGCUCAAACAUUUGCCAAACAGCAUGGCCUGCAUUUCGUUGAGACGUCCGCCCGCACUGGAGCCAAUGUGGAGGAGGCAUUUCGCAUGGUCACUCAAGAGGUGUACGCUCGCAUUCGAUCGGGCGAAUAUAAAGCCGAAGAUGGUUGGGAUGGCAUCAAAUCUGGCUUUGCCAGGCCAAAUAGUCUGGAUUUCAAUUUGGUUGUGGCUGAACCAGAAAAAUCAUCCUGUUGUUGAUUUGUUUUAUUUCUUGCUCUAUUUUUUUUCUUUAUAUUGUAAUCUAUCUAUCUCCAUAUACACAGACAUCUACACAAAGAGACGUAGACGAUAGUAGAGAGGUUGUUAACCAAAUCAGAUUUGUAAUUCCCCCAAAACUAAAAGACAUUGCCUACAAUUUUUAUUUUUAUCGUGUAUUGAUUGACAAUUUUUCCCAUUUUACAAAAGAGUUUUGUGAGCAUUACAAAUCGGAAUACAUAUGCAACUUAUAUACAUACAUACAUAUACCUGUAAUUGUUUUGUAUUUGAUUUAGACGUCGUCUUCUAUUUUGUUAACCUUAACUUAACUUAACCUUAAUUUAGCUGCAAAACCAAAUUGUAAAAGUCGAAAAGUGCGUUGAGAAGACUAUUUUUAGUUUCGUUUUUAGUUAUACGUUUUUUUUGUCCAGUUGUCAAUUAGGUGUCUCAUUGGGAUUUUCCACUUAGUAAAAUUUGUUUAUAUUGGGGGAAAAAAGAGGAAAUUCUUCUGAGAUUGGUCAAAUAUAUUCUCAGUUUAAUACGUAACUAUUCGGGCGAAUGGACGGCUCUCAAUUUAAAUUGUUUUUUCUUUUUCUUUUAUACAUAACAUUACAUUACAUACAUAUAUUUAUAUAUAUGUAAACUAUAUAUGAGAAAAGCUCUAUUAUAAACUUGAGACAAAACAUAA